AUGAAGGGCCUUUACAUCAGCUCGCUCCUUGUAGGGGCAAGCUUUGCUCUUCCUACCGCUGAGGCUAACACCGACACCGUCGAGGUGUCUCUGUCCAACAUCACCCCGAUCUUUACCGAUGCCAAACUCUCUACUCGCGCGGUCCUCGGCAAGAUGGAAGGAAAGAGCUUUGCCGACCCCACCCUCAUCUACGGCGAAGGCUCCUGGAAAGCCUAUGGCACAAGCAACGGACACAACAUCCCCUACGCCACUGCCCAAGAUGGCUUCAACUUCACAUACGUGGGCGACGCAUUAAAGAAGCGACCUUCGUGGGCCACGACAGCAGGCCUUUGGGCGCCUGACGUAGUCAAGCUUUCGGACGGCUCAUACGUCCUGUACUUCAGCGGCGUGCACAAGGACGGCAAGCGCUGCAUCGGAGCCGCCACCUCGAAAACCUCCGCCGGGGGCUUCGAGCCCUACGACAAGGCCCUCGUGUGCGACCACGACAACGGCGGCGUCAUCGAUGCGGCCGGCUUCUUCGACGGCAAGGACCGCUGGCUCACGUGGAAGGUUGACGGCAACGGCCUCGGCGGCGCGACGACCUGCAAGGGCGGCUCCGCGCCCACCGGCCCCAAGUACAAGCCGACGCCCCUCAAAGUCCAGAAGAUGACGGCCGACGGGCUGUCCGUGGUCGGCUCGCCCACGACCAUCUGGGACAACCGCGACAACAACCCCAACGCGCCCAAGAAGUUCGCCAGCGGCGAGACCUACGACGACGACGGCGUCACGGAGAACCCGGCCCUGUACAAGUCGAAGGAGGGCAAGUUCUUCCUCUUCUACAGCUCGCACUGCUACGCCAACAGCAAGUACCACACCGAGUACGCCUACGCCGACGCGGUGACGGGGCCGUUCAAGUGGGGAGGCGUGUUGAUUGCCACGGGCAGCAAGAACAACGAGAAGUACAAGGCUAUCGGCCCUGGAGGCUUCGACAUUGAUCCUAAUGGCAAGAAUGUCGUCUUCCACGGGCGCCAGGGCAGUAGCAAGGCAUCACGGAUCACCUUCAGCGGUACUGUUGAGAUCAAGGGCACCAAGGUUACCCUUUAA